AUGGACGUUGAAAUGCAGCUAGAAGCCAACGGCCUUCCCUUACAAUUCAGCUCAACCACAGAUCAACAACCCCAAGAGCCUCAUGUCGCAGAAAAUUUAGCUGCCUCAAUCUCAAAUGCCGAGGCAACCGUCAAUUCACUCCCCACCAAACUGCCCGUCACCCAAGCUUCACCACAAGAUGAGCAACCACAGGCAGCGACUAAUGCAUCAACAGUCACUGUCCCCGCGCUGCCUCCCGAAGAUCCACUGCCUAACGUCAAUGGCACUGCCGCUUUGACUGCCCAACCAGCCGAGAUGCCUAUAUCUACGGUUCAAGACUCUCAACCUUCUUUCUCUUCCGACCAUCUUCCUGCUGUUCCAACCACGGCAGUCGCAUCAUCCGUCUCAGAAACCAACCUCACCGACUCCUUCGUGCCAUCCUCAAUUCCCACCGAGAUUCCAUCAUCCGCCACUCCAAUCGAGACAAGCCAAUCAGUCAUGGACGUCUCUCAACCGGCUGCCGCCGUUGUAGAGCCGCCGGUUUCCGAUCUACGCACUGAACCGCAUUCAGAUGCUCUGUCGACCGAAGCUGUUGCUGCCAUUGAAUCCCGCAAGCAUGAGCUAGACAAUUCAGUUGAUGCCUCAGGCGCUCCUGCCCAACCGGUCACUCUGGAAAAAGCGUCCUCAACAGAAGCCGCGCAACCACCAACAGAGCCCGCGAACGAGCAACCCACUCUGACAGAUAUCGGUCUACCAUCUCCCACCCAAUCUCCGCCUCCCGCUCCUCAGCCAUCUCAUGCAGAAUUACCCGCUGUGAAGCCUGUUGAACCCACUGUGGUUGAGUCUACAAUAAUACCGACAUCCGAGCCCAUCGAAGUUGCACCGGUUGCUCCUUCUGUGCCUGAGCCUGCUGCCGUGACACAGCCUGAGACUGCUCCUGUUACCUUGCCAGCUACUCUCCCAAUCGAAGAGCCUGCAGCACCGGCACCCACCCCUGUACCCUCCAGACAGAUUGAACUGGAAGACCAGAUCAUGAUUGAUGCAGCGCCUGAACCAGUGAAGCAAGUUCGAGAGAGAGAGGAUGAUGACGAGGAGCACGAGCGUGCUACCAAGCGUGUCAAGACCGAUGAUGAGCCUACUUCAAAGACUGACGAGCCUGCUUUCAAGGUGCCAGAAGUCCCAUCUACUACUUCUCAGUCACCACCCCUGGCCAAUGGAAGUGGAAGUCCCACCCGUGAGGCUGCUGACGCUGAUGAUACUGUCACCCCAGCACGCCUUGCGCAUAUGAGAAAAGUCAUUUCCAACUUGAAGAAAAGCAAUGCAUCAACCGCUUUCCGACAACCUGUCGAUUAUAUGGCGCUGAAGAUUCCAAACUAUCCUGAUAUUAUCAAGAAUCCUAUGGAUCUGUCGACCAUCGAUCAUCGUCUGAAGCAGAACACUUAUUCCUCGGUUGCUGCCUUUAUUACUGAUUUCGAACAAAUCGUCAACAACUGUGUCCUCUUCAAUGGUCCAGAUCACGGUGUUACUCAACAAGCCAGAAAGAUGCAAUCGUCUUUCCGAAGUCAAAUGAAAAAUCUCCCCAAAGCCACGGUGGAGGAGCCAAGUAAGGAAACCAAGAAAGCAGCCAAGAAACAAGAACCUACCAGACAAGCACCACCCCGUCGACCAUUUGUCUCAACUGCACACCCAGGCGUAACAACGGCACCAUCUCCAAAGACUGCAGCACCUCCAACCCCAUCAUUUGCUCCUGGUCCUGAUGGCGUUCCUCUGAUCCGCCGAGACUCGAGCUUGUUAAUUGAUGGGCGUCCCAAGCGAGCAAUUGUCCCGACCAAGCGCAAUCAAGAUCUUGGUGCUGGCCGACCAAAGAAGAAAAAGUAUGAAAUGCAGCUCAAGUUCUGUGAUGAUGUGUUGAAGGAAAUCUCAAGCAGCAAGUACUGGCAAAUGAAUCAGUAUUUCCUCUACCCGGUGGAUCCUGUGGCUUUGAAUAUCCCUACAUAUUUCCAGAUGAUCAAGAAGCCAAUGGAUCUAGGAACUGUAAAGACCAAUCUGGCAAACAAUGUCUACGAAAAGGCAAAGGAUUUCGAAGAAGAUGUGCGCCUGGUUUUCAAGAAUUGCUUCAAAUUCAACCCGGAGGGAGAUCUCGUCAAUGCCUCUGGUCACCAAUUGGAGGAGCUUUUCAACAAGAAAUGGGCCACCAAGGAAGAAUGGCUUCGGGAGCGUGAGCCGCAAUCGGAACCCCACAGUGAUGAGAACGAAGAUGACGAAGACGAGGAAGACAGUGAGGACGAAGCAGAUGCUGAAAGUGAGGAUGAACGCAAUGACAAGAUCAAAUUACUGCAGCAGCAGAUUGAGGCCAUGUCACGACAAAUGGGUGAGUUGACGCAGAAGAAGCCCAAGAAAUCCAAAUCUCCACAGGCCAAGAAGAACAAGACCAAGAGUGGGAAGAAGGACAAGAAACCAGUGGCGGCCCCCAGCACUGGAAAAGACAAGAAGGACAAGAAGAAGGCUCCCAAAAAGGACCAGAAGGAUCGUUAUGUCACCUUCGCCGAAAAGCAAUACAUCUCCAAUGGAAUCGCCAUGCUACCCGAGAAGCAAAUGCAAGAAGCAUUGAAAAUCAUCCAGAACAGUGUUCCAUCAUUGGCCAACAGUGAUCAGAACGAGAUUGAACUUGACAUUGAGGAAGUGCCCAACCAUGCCCUUCUGAAAUUGCUCAAUUUUGUCAAGAAAUACGCCGGACCACCCCCCGAUGAGCCCAAAGUUGAGCGAACCGAGGUUUACAAUGCACCAGCAGUCACCAAACCAAAGAAGUCCAAGCCCAUGAACAAGUAUGAACGAGAUGCACAAAUCGAGGAGUUGAAGGGCAAGUUAGGAGCAUACAAUGGAGGAACCAUGUCUCCCAAUGCCAUGCAGUCCAUUGAGGACGGAGAUAGCAGUGAUGAUGAUGGCGACUCGGAGGAGAGCGAAGAAGAAUAG